UUGCAAAGCAGUUUGGGAAACAAAUUUGAAAAUGGCCGCCGAAUUGCCGAGGCAAACAAAGUAACGUGGUCCUUUAAAAAAUUAAAAAUAAGAUACCUACAAUGGCCACUGAAGAUAGACAUUUUAAAGUGGCCUUCCUCAUCGAUGCUCGGAGGCGAAUAACACCGACAGACAAACCGAUAGAAGUGGACACUUUUUCUCGGGGAGUUCGUUUGUGUGUGCUGAAACUGCUGUCGUAUUUCACCCACGUUCGGGACGACAGUCAGCGGGCAAUCGCCAACCUGCGGUGGGGUUUUAAAGUCUUUCACUCGUACGAUUACCCGCCUUGCAAACGAGAUUAUCUGAAACAGCUGUCACUGAAAAAUUUCCAGGACUUCGAGGAUCAACUUUCCGGUGAUUUGGAGGGCCUCGCGUUGUCGGUUCGAGGCAAACGGGCGCCGAAAACUCCGCAGGUUUUGACGGCGACCUCGCUGCGGCAGGCGCUGGACGAUGUCAUUCACGAUUUUCAGUGGGACGGUCCCGAUGUCUGUUCCCCGGUAAAACGGAGCGCCGCUCCGUCGCCGAGGAAGGCCUCGAGAUCGCAGGGUUCCAACCUCCUGUCCAAGUGUGUUUUCUUGAUGAUGCCCUGCCCAGUCAGUCGAUCAGGACUGGAGGAAUUCUGUGAUUUUGGUCCGGACGAUCCGUUGCCAAGGACUUCGGAGUUUCUUGAAAUGAUCCUCCCAGCAAGCGGAUCACAACAGAUAUUUCAAGACCAAAAAAUUGCGUUGUUUUGGAUCGACACAAGUCCAUGGAUUGCAACAGAAAAGCGGGACCAGGAUGGGUUGUCAGUCGUCGCACCAGCCAUGCAGGAGCUAGGUGGAUGCGUCAUACCAAUACAUGCCCUGGUCAGUCAAACGGAGCACAUCACGACCAGUCUCAAAUCAGAACACCCCAUCAACAGACCCAGUGAAACACCAGGAUCCAAGGCCGUUCAAGAGGAGAACGAUUCUUCUUCGUCACUGGUAGUAUCAUCACUGGGCACAGGGAAACUGCACUCGGGGCAAUGUCCAAGCAAACCUAAAGACAGGAGAAAGACUUGUUCGGAAGGAUGCAUUCAGGAUAACAAGAGCGGCAGUUCUUCGUUCCUUCCAUUUUCAGCCGUCGUGGACCAUUAUGUGAACUCUGAAAAGACAGUUACAUCUGGGAGAGGGAGUUAUGUGAACCUCAAACUUUCAGCAGUCACAGAUGGCCAAGCGACAGAUUUGUGUUGUCUUGAACUGAAUCAUCUAACUGGAAGACCAUUGACUCCUGCAGAAGCUAAAUGUGCAUCACCCCUUAACAAAACAGCAAGUUCCCCUAAAGACCCGCCCACUGAUCUAACCAUCACAGCAACGAACUGGUGCCGUACUUUCAGUGUAACAAAUCUGGAUGCAAAAUCAGAGGUUACCAGCCCUGUAGAAACAGUGGGCUCACCUUCAACCAGAACUCCACGUAAAUGUGGGGCAGAAAACCAGGCCGUCGUGAAAGCUAAGCUGUCGAUCGGUACAGUUCCCAUCUCUCAGUACCAGGACAAUGCAGUGUAUACGUGCACUGGUCUGGCUUUGGAUGCGACAUCUGCAGAAGGGAAUACUGACGUCAGACUUUCGAGUUGGUUCAAGGAGGCCAUGGUUAGCCUCAGUCGGCAGAGAAAAGCCUUGUUGGUUGAUAUGCCGCAUCCAGAGACUGGCACGCCCGUCAUGGCUGUGCUGGAGCCACUUACCGCAACCACUGCAUCGCUCCGCAUGCUGAAAUCCUGGCCCCUGCCUGGACAGAGCACCACCAAUCACCGAGACGAGGCCAGCAGGGCAAGGAGAGCCAGUAGCAGGAGGAGAAGUGGUACUGAGGAUGCAGGGACCCGGAUCAGGAGAAUCGCUGAGGAGUGUGUGAGGAGGCGCAGCGGCAUGGAGAAAACUCUGAGAAACACUCAAGGUGGCCAACAGAGCCCCCACCCAACAUCCUCACCAUCAAGCCCUUGUGAGAUGGUCUCAUUCCGGCCUCAUCUCUUGGAGCCCUGGUUCUCCUACUGCCCGUCAGGCGGAGCAUCAGCCAGACUAAUUGAUAAGCUACAGAGUGUUCCACUGUAUGACAAACCUCCCGGCCCGACAAACCCCACCCUACCCAGCCAGCUACUUCAGCAAUUAGGGGAAAGGUACAGCCGACAGCCUGGCACUGUCAGUAGCCAAAAUAUUGACAUGAAAGUCACUGGACAGGCAGACAUCAAGGCAGAGACUCAGGCUAGGCAGUCAGCAGCUGGACUCGAAGGACAGGUCAGGCAGAGCCCUCGCCUCAAGAAACGCAAGAGCACCAUGAACGUUGGCUUUCGUACAGAGAGGAUCAUGAGCAACAGCCGGCUCAUACAGACCACAAAGGAACCCAGUCCUGUGAAGAAAAACCAGAAGGAGAACAGAGUACCGGGCAACACAAGGAACAAGACCUCAACGUUCAAAUGUCCAACAUUUGAAUCAGAACAGGACGUGAUUGACUGCAUUCAGGCUGCCUAUGAAAAGGAAGUCACAGAGGGUUCCUGUGCAAUGGACUUUGUGCAGUUCACAACCAGUAUUGUGCUGUCCUAUAUGAAGUCUGGUUGCACUGAGGCCGCAGAAAAUGAUCCCGUGACAGGAGCCCGGGAUCUGCUGACCAGCUGCCUGCUAGUCUCAAGCAACCAGCUGAGGGACAAAUACCAGUCCCAGACCGACGAAGCCAGCAAGCUGCUCAGGGUGCAGGAGAUUGAACUGCAGGUCUUACUGCGGCUGGAGAUGGAGGCUAUGUCGCCCACCGCGGUCACGCCGGGCAAAGGAGGAGACGGCAAGGGGGACGAGGAGAAGCAGGAGAGGGGCGGAGACAGCAGUGCAGAGGAGGAGGGGGCAGAGCUGCCGGAGAAUGUUCAGAAGUUGGUGGAUGAGAUUGUGAAACUUUUGAGAGCCAUUCCCUUCCUGGCUGAUCCCAACAGGUUGACCUCCUUCCUCGCAGAGACACUCCUGCAAAACUAUGCCGAGUCCCUACCUCACGUCCUGCGAGCCAUCUAUGAUGACCUGAUGCAGCCGGUACCCUCCAUCCUGCUGUCCCCAAGCAGCGACGUGACUCUGUCCUCAGUCAAGACCCAGCCCCCUCCUUCCUACCGCUCCUCCUCCCACGGAUCGUUUGCUGAGCCAUCCGUAUCAAGCACUAGAACACAGAGGUCGUUAGUCCGUCAUCCGAGUUUGGCCGAUAUGGGAAGCAAGAGAGUUAUCCCAGUACCAUCAAGGAAUGUGGCCAAGAAAAAGGACAAAUCAAAACCGAAAGAUAAGGAGGGGAAGGAAAAGUCGAAACUGAAAGAAUCGAAGGAGGAGGGAGCAUCUAGUGCCAAGACGGUGCGGAGGAACCUCUUCAUGGGUGGAGCUAAACACAGCCCAAGGAAGGGAGGGAGCAGUAAACUCCAGCGACGGCAGAGUGUGGCAGUCAUGCAGAAUAUUCACGGCACUAGAAAGAGCCCACGGAGAAGGACCCCUCAGAAGACCAAAGCGCCCCUGGUGCUGAAGACCAAGGUGGUCAAGGAAACGCCGGGCAAGAAACAGGUGUUGCAGGCAAUGCUGAAGAAGCAGGAAAGGGCAAGGAGAAUCUCAGCAAGCUCCGGGGAUGCCGUAGUGCCACCUACCCCCAUGAGAGUGAUUGAGGAGUCCCCACUCAAGCCUGUACAAGAACUGAAUGUUCGGCGCAGUCCACGUAUCAAACCUCACAAACCAGGCGACAGGCGCAGCUUCUAUUCAACGAGCAGCAUCACCGACCUGAAGCGCGCCCGCGACUUGGGCUCCAGAAUUGCUGGCAAAGUAACUCCACCUCCCUCCAACAAACCACUGAAACCCUCAAGCAGGAAAUCACUGCUGAGUGAGAUCUGUAGUCCAGGGAGCAUGCCCGGUAUCUCUGUGAAGACCUCGGAAUCCCCAAGUAGGAAUACCAGGUCCCAAGUUGGACGGACACCAUCUAAGGAUCCGCCCGGGAAAGUGGACCCAGUUGGAAUAAGCCCAGAUGGGAUAGGCCAGAAGGAUGACAUGGUGUUUAAAACUCCUACAAGAGCUCCGAGAAGGAUCAACUUCAAGUCUCCUCCUAAACACACCACAGCUGUAAUUGAUAGCUCUUCAGGUGCACCGAGUGAGAGUGUCAUCCCAAUUAAGGAUUGUGGUCAAGUUGGAGCUGCCACCCAAGUGCCAGUGGUGGCUGGAAAACUGUCAAAUGGGGAUCAGGUUAAUUCACCGAGCAGAAGAGGACUAAGCCCGUCUUCAAGAGCCACUCGGCAAUCUGGCUGCAGAGCUCUGUCAAGUCCAACACGGACAGAAGCAGGACUUCCUUUACCCGCCGUGAAAAUACCAAGCCCCUCCCCGACUCCCAAAAGACAAGGAUCGCUUACAACUGCCCUGUCCAUGACAGCCACCGCCAUGAAAGAGCCAUCGGAGCAUUCCACUUCACCCAAACAAUCUCAAACAGAUGGUGAAAACGUAGUCACACCGGGUCGCAGAAGUCAAAGACUGCUGAAGUCACCUGCUGCGUGUAUUUCCAAACAAGCUGAGAUUUAUGAUAAACUUACACAGCCACCAGUAAUCAUAGACACUGUUGAUGCAAAGGACAAAUCUUUCAGGAGUUCUUUAACAACCCAGGACAACUCUCUCCAACUUCCCAGAAGUAGAAAGCGUACAUUGGCAGACAGAAGUCCCUCCCCUAAUCCCACUUCGGUGGUCAGCACCCCGUCGCCACAGAAAUCUACCAAGUCUGUCACCCCAAGUUCCCUCCAGAAAUGGCAACGCAGGAAGAAGCUCAGGCGCGAUUCCCCAGAAAAAUCCAAUUCUCCCAUUUUCCCAAAGGUCACUCCACCCUCUGCAAAGGGUAAAAGUAGAACCGCCACUCCUUCGCCACCCAAGUCGCCCAAGUUUGGUCGUGUGACGCCCUAUUCAGAGAAACGUAAACGGGCACCGAAUCUCCGAACCUCUGCCAAGAAGGAAAACUUGGAAUCAGUGGUGCCGGAAGAGUCUUUGGGAAAAGCCAGACAGUAUAAACUGGGCAAAGUCUGCAAAGCAAACGUAAAUCUGCUAACUCUCAUGACUGAUGAGGAUGAUACGAACGUCAGUCAAAUGCAAACCCGUAGCCAGUCCCGCGAGAGUGCAAACUCAGAAGGCACCGCAAAGGACUUAACGGAACCACUUGCAGAACCACAGGUCGAAGCGUACACCUUCUUAGACACACAUUUGGAUGAUUCAGAUGAUGAUAUUGACUUCCCAAGAAUUAUCUCCCCGCUCCGUCCCAAAGCGGGAGCGACGUCAUCAGACAAAGUUUCUCCAAACGGAGUUGGCAAGCACGCCGCCGCCUCUAGAAGCCCUGAGAUGUCAGCCAGGAGUUCAGCCUCAGUCUUUCUCUCCGAGGAUGAAGCAUCCAUCUCCACGGACGACGUUUUCCUGCUAUCAUCCCCCUCUCGUGCCAAGAGGAAGCUGAUCACCACCCCACUGACUACCGGCGGCUUGUUUGAAUUGAUCAACUCACCCAUGCUGGCGUCGGUGAACAAGACAGAGAAGUCUGGAUCAAGAGUUUCAUUCAUUCAACCAAGGAAAGGUGGUCGUCAGUUGUAUCCAAGUGGUUCGCAGUCGUCUUUAGGAUCUCCGGGUCAUACCAUGGCACGACGGUCGUCGUCACUAGGCCUCAAACGCCUGAGUAGCGACAGCCCCUGAUGAAACGUUUUGGACCACGGAGAAGAUAUGGUAACAAAGUGACUGACAAACAGAAAUUGCUGAUUAACUCAUUGGCACCAGAACUACAUUGUAUAACAUUGUGUUUAUUUACUGAUGAAUCCGCAAAACCAUAAAAGUGCUUGGGCGAAUUCAGGUGCUACAGCGAUUAGAAGGCAGGGAGGUGUGGAGCUGUACAGCGAUUGCUAAUCCUAACCUUUCCAAAUCUCCCAAAAUCCUCUUUGCAAAGUGGAGGAUUUUGCAGGAUCGAGGCUACAUGGCAAAAUGUGUGGCUGAUUUUGAAGGAUACACCGAGUCAUGGUCUUGGGCCAGACCUUGUGUUGUUUAUGCUCGGCUGUGCAUUAAUUUAGGACUGGAUUGUACUUGAAAUCCUCCGCACUGCUCCAGGAUGUCACUGGCUCUGCCUCAGUAUAUUGACAGUGAUUGCUGGAGGAUUUUGCAGGAUUGGGGCAGUGGUUUCCCUUCCAAUGACCACAUUCAAGAAAUAACGGAGGAUUUUGCAGGAUUGAGGUUGCAUCCUAGCAAAAAUGCAAUUUUGCUAGGGGGUUAAAGGGUUAUCCCUACCUCCAAGAAGAUUUUUGUGCUAGAUUUAAUGUCUUCUGCAGGUGGAUAGAAAAAAAAAACAAGAAAUCUGUGCUUAGCAAAAAAGAAUGCUUUAUUAUGGACUCCGUGCCCAAAUACCCCUUUAUGUUACCAAGAAAGAUCUAGGUGGACCUUUUGAGCACAUUGCCACUGUAUGCUUGGUGCACAUGUGAUGAUAGUUGAAGUUUGAACACAAUCAGAAUACAAUUGGGUGCUUCGUGCCAUAGCCCACCAACCAGAUCAUAAUGCGUUCACGCGGAGCUGUAACUAGUCGUCACAAAACACCAUAUACUGUUCCUGUUCAAAAUAGCCAUCCAGUGGCAUGUAUGAUUAAAGCUAUAGUCCAUCAUUUGCAGCCAUCCGAAAAGUAACUGGCAUAAUUAUUGUUGAAAAACAAACUUGGUUGAAAGAUAGUAAGGGAACUAAACUCCCUGUGAAUUUACUCUUUCUGGG